AUGGCACAUGGUGAUAUUGAAGCUGAGAUUCAAAAAUUCGUCGAUGCGGCGCACCGUUACCAACAGUGUCUCGACGACGCAGCGAGUCAGAGCCAACAGCACCAAGAUGCGCAGACACAUUUGGUAACGGCAACGUUGCGACAGAGCCGUCGGACUCUCCUGGACAGCAUAGCCAGCUGGCUAAACCUUGUCGCCGGACCGACUGAACACUGGGAACAGACCACGAUUAAUUUCUGCGCUGAAUCAUGCCUCAAAUGGCUCCUGGAAUUCAACAUCCCGAACCUGGUGCCGGAGAGCGAUGGUGCUACCAUAAGUUACAUAGACUUGGCGAUUGCCGCUGGAGUGCCGGAACAAGACCUUGGUCGAAUCCUGCGGUUCGCCAUGACUCAAGACCUCUUCGACGAGCCGACACCUGGACGUGUUGCGCAUACGCCGUAUUCCCUCGCUUUCGCGCGGAACGAGGAUUAUCGCCAGGUCGUCCUGCUGCAGACGGGAUUCUUCGCACCGAUGAUGAAGUGUUUGUCCGAGGCAGUCAGAGUCAAGAAGUCGUCCGGAGCCGAGCCUGACAGUGGACGACCCGGACGGACAGCAUUCAACAUUGCAAUGCGGACCGACGAGUCGUUCUACGCGUACGUGGCGAAGAAUGCCGAGCUCACGAAACGCUUUGGCGCCGGGAUGCGAUUCGUGUCAACGGCCGAGGACACCAGUCCGCAGUUUCUCGCCAAUGCCUUUGACUGGGCCAGUCUGGGAAAGGCACAUGUUGUCGACGUCGGUGGCGCAACAGGCCAUGUCAGCACGUACCUUUCCACGAAGUUCCCGCUGCUGCGCUUCACGGUACAGGAUCUUCCUGCUAUGAUCGCUAGAGCCAAAUCAGCAGCAGCUGUGACGACGACGACGACGACGACGACGACGACGACGACGACGACGACGACUGCCGCGGCCGAAGAUACCGCCGACCGGGACAAGAGGGUAGAUUUCGUCGAGCAUGACUUCUUCCAGCCCCAGCCCGACGCGUCCCGAGAAGUUGAUGUCUUCUUGCUCAGGCUCGUCUUGAACAACUGGCCGACUCGCAAGGGUCAAGAGAUCCUAUCGCACAUCGUGGCCGUCAUGAAACCGGGUGCGAAGAUCGUCAUCAACAAUUUCCUCGUCCAUGAUCGGGGCACCGUGGAGAAGCGAUCCGAAGCACUGGAAUGCGCGAGAGACUUGUUCCAGAUGGCCGCGAUGAACGGGAUGGAAAGGGACGUCCUGGCGUGGCACGAGUUGAUCGACGGGGUCGACGGUCUGGAGAUGGAGAAGAUGGUGCCGCAGCCGGGUGGGACGCAGGUGGUGAUUGUCGCGGCCAAGAGUAUGAGUGCCACUGGUUAG